AAGAGGCGUCCAUCCAUGGCUUCCAUGGGAACAGAACUAAUUAGAGUCUCUUACCACGAAUUGGUCAAAGCAACUGAUGGGUUCUCUUCAGCAAAUCUGAUUGGUGUUGGGAGUUUUGGUUCUGUAUAUAAAGGUGUCAUGGAAUGGGAUGGUGAAAAGAUUGUUGCUAUAAAGAUACUGAACCUUCAGCAGCAGGGGGCUUCAAGGACUUUCAUAGCUGAAUGUGAGGCCUUGAGGAGCAUCCGACAUCGGAACCUGGUCAAAAUCAUAACUGCAUGCUCUAGUGUUGAUUUUAGAGGUAACGAUUUCAAAGCAUUGGUUCUUGAAUUUAUGGAGAAUGGAAGCUUGGAACAGUGGCUGCAUCCAGAAGUGAAUGAGCGAUGCCCGAUGAGGAAUUUGAAUUUAGAACAGAGAGUGAGCAUAGCCAUUGAUGUGGCUUCUGCACUUGAUUACCUUCAUCAUCACAGCCCAGUGCCAAUCGUGCAUUGUGAUCUCAAGCCCAGCAACAUUCUUCUGGAUGAUGACAUGACUGCCCAUGUGAGUGACUUUGGGCAGGCAAAGUUUCUCUCUGGAUCUACUGACUCAUUCUCCAUAUCUGCAAGCUUGGUGGCAAUAAAAGGAUCGGUUGGAUAUAUUGCUCCAGAGUACGGUUUGGGAAGUGAAGUAUCAACACAAGGAGAUGUGUAUAGCUAUGGAAUACUUCUCUUGGAGAUGUUUACUGGAAAGAGACCUAUUGAUGAAACCUUCAAUGAAAGCCUAGAUCUUCAUCGAUUUGUCAAGAUGGCUUUUCCUACUCAAAUUAUGAACAUCGUGGACCCGCAAUUGAUACAAAAGGAAGAGUAUGAAAUCAUCAAUGACAUGCAACAAAGGUGCACUAAAGAAGACAGGAUAACAGAGUGCUUAAUUUCAGUGAUCAACAUUGGACUACAAUGUUCCAAUAAAUUACCUAAAGAACGAAUGCAUACUGGAGAAAUUGUAAAAAAAAUGAUUGCAGUGAGAGAGAUACUUGGUAGGGUCUAAAGUCAUCGAGAAUGGUCCACAAAUAUUAUUAUGACAUUAUGAAGGCUUAUGUAAACAUACGUUACUGUUACUUCCCUAAGUCGCUUGUUUUUGUUGUUGCUUACUGCGCUAAUCCUCUUCGACCUGUUUUCAUUUUUUUGGUUUGUUUUCUCUUUGCCUGCUUUUGUUUGAAGGGCUUUCUUUGGAUUCUGUACCAUCACAAGGCCAAGAGAUAUCGGAAUGAACUGUUCCAUAGAUUGGAAUGAGUCUUGUCACAGUUGAACGAGUCUUGUUUUCCUCGAUGUAUCAGAGAAGUCACUUUGUGAUUUAAUUUGUAUGCUUUUGUUGAGCAAGCCUUGUCAUAGUUGAACAAGUCCUGUUGUGCUUGGGUAAACUUAUUUAAUGGAUUGCUUCAUAUGUUAUUGAUGAUU